UAUCCCUCUGCGUUUUCAGUCAUAGAUCUUUCUAAAAAAAAAAUUAUUACACACAAAAUUUUCUGUAAAUAGCAAUUAUGUGUCUGCGAUUGGUUGGAAGUGCGCUCUGCUGCUGUUGCAAAUUGGGUCUUAAAUGUCUGUGCUUUUUUGUCUUUUCCACCAUCGGAGUUUUGAUCAUAGUAGCCUUGGUAGUUUACUUUUGUUUCUUCUACAAUAAAACGGAGGACACCACAACAAAGGGUUAUUCUGAUUCUACUAUGGAAACUACUACUAUGGAGGACAGCAUAACAACUGCAACUGAUAGCAAAUCGCUAGUCAGAGCGUAUCUCCAUCGACUAAUCGAUAGAAUAUGAUGUGUACGUAAAUAAGUAUAAAAAAUUUAUUAAAAUUA